UCAUCCCUGAUGUCAUCCCUGAUGUGGAGACCUCAGGUGACGGCCAGUGGCCACAGCACCUUCUCGACGUCCAGAAGGCUGCUGGGAAAGACAACUUCACCCCUCAUCCCUGAGGGAACUAACCUUGCAUCGAGAGGGCUAGCCAUCGUCUGGGGAGAAGGCCAGGCGACAGGCAAGAUGGAUGAGAAUGAGUUUGUUGCGGUGACGAGCACCAACGCUGCCAAGCUGUUCAACCUGUAUCCUCGUAAAGGAAGGAUCGCUGUGGGGUCAGACGCAGACAUCGUGAUCUGGAACCCCAAGGAGACCAAGACCAUCUCAGCCGCGACCCACGCACUGACAGUGGAGAUUAACAUCUUUGAGGGCAUGGAGGUCCGGGGAGCCCCGGUGGUGGUGAUCAGUCAGGGGAAGAUCGUCCUGGAGGGGGGAAAGCUGAACGUCACAGAGGGCUCUGGACGCUUCGUACCCAGGAAGGCUUAUCCUGACUUCAUCUACAAGAGGAUCAAAGCACGCAGCAAGAUGGCUGAUGCCCGUGGCGUCCCCCGAGGGAACUAUGAUGGACCGGUCCAUGAUGUCAUCAGCAUGACUAAGUCAGUGCCGGCCACUCCCUCCAGCAGGGGGCCCCAGUGCCCAGGGAAGGGCCCCCUCGGCCCCACCAGGAACCUGCACCAGUCUGGUUUCACCCUAUCCGGUAUGGGAACUCAGAUUGACGACCACAUCCCACGACGCUCAGCACAGAGGAUCGUGGCGCCACCCGGUGGCCGCUCCAAUAUCACCUCCCUGUCGUGAACCUGGGAGCUCCUUGCUCCUCGCGUCUGCUGUAGGGAGAAAAAUAAAUCAACUACUGUAGCAACAACCAACUACAUCAAUCAAAACAAAUCUCACCCGGCUUCCAGAACUAAACUCAACAGUGAAACCUGAACAUGCAAUCCUCUUCUCAGAUACAACUGUAAAACAGUAUACAGAUUAGAACUACAUUUACCACUAGUAGUUACCACCAGUAUACAGCAUAGAACUACAAUUACCACUAGUAGUUACCACCAGUAUACAGCAUAGAACUACAAUUACCAAUAGUAGUUACCACCAGUAUACAGCAUAGAACUACAAUUACCACUAGUAGUUAAGUCGCUCUGGAUAAGAGCGUCUGCUAAAUGACUUAAAUGUAAAUGUAAAUGUAGUUACCAGUCAUUCUAUUUCUAUGGUAGACACACCAACUGAUAAAACCCACUAACUUAGUACUUUGAUCUGUUAUCCUUUAUCAAUAUUGUGAUCAAUUCCUCAAAUCAAUUUAUCUCAUUGCCCAUCAAUAGUCAACUGUCCCUGUCAGAUCUCCAUAGCAUGCAGCUUAAACAGUCUCUGUCUCCUCAGUCAGACAACCGUCUCCUCAGUCGUCGUCUCCUCAGCUUCACUAUAGCUUUACUAACAUGGUGAUACAUGAGUCCUAGAUGAAAGUAGUUCUCUUUAGACCACAGAAUGCCUCUCAGCUCUCUCUCUCUCUCUCGUCGUAGUGAUGCCUGCUUCAAUGCUUCUAAGAAACUCUGUAGUUGAGUCCAACAUGGAACUCUAUUCCCUAGAUAGUGCACUAGAGGACAAAAGUAGUGCGCUAUCUAGGGAAUAGAGGGCCAUUUGAGACUGAUGCGAACUUGUUUUUCUCUGUCUGUUGUUAUUUAGUCAUGGCUGUAGGCUAUUUAGGCUUCAUCUUACCGUCUCUUACUGUUAUGCAUGACUUUUCCUCUUAAUCGUUACUCAUUACAAAUACAACAAGGGAAAUAAGUGUGUAUUACUGUUACUGUGAACAGACUGUAGGGACAGUCCUCUAGUCACGCUUGUCUUAAUAUUAUUAUGAUGUUUUAUCCCAAUGCAGGUGAGCUAACUUUGCUUCCAUGGUAUAUUCAGUCAGUCAGAAUAGGAACUUCACCAAUCCUUCUAUUCAGUCAGUCGGAGUAAUAACUACACCAAUCCUUCUAUUCAGUCAGUCGGAGUAAUAACUUCACCAAUCAUUAUAUUCAGUCAUUCAGUCGGAGUAAUAACUUCACCAAUCCUUCUAUUCAGUCAGUCGGAGUAAUAACUUCACCAAUCAUUAUAUUCAGUCAUUCAGUCGGAGUAAUAACUUCACCAAUCAUUAUAUUCAGUCAGUCGGAGAAAUAACUUCACCAAUCCUUCUAUUCAGUCAUUCAGUCAGAAUAAGAACUUCACCAAUCCUUCUAAUCAGUCAUUCAGUCAGAAUAAGAACUUCACCAAUCCUUCUAUUCAGUCAGUCAGAAUAAGAACUUCACUAAUCCUUCUAUUCAGUCAGUCAGAGUAAUAACUUCACCAAUCCUUCUAUUCAGUCUGAAUAAGAACUUCUCCAAUCCUUCUAUUCAGUCAGUCAGAAUAAGAACUUCUCCAAUCCUUCUAUUCAGUCUGAAUAAGAACUUCUCCAAUCCUUCUAUUCAGUCAGAAUAAGAACUUCUCCAAUCCUUCUAUUCAGUCAGAAUAAGAACUUCUCCAAUCCUUCUAUUCAGUCAGAAUAAGAACUUCACCAAUCCUACUAUUCAGUCAGAAUAAGAACUUCUCCAAUCCUACUAUUCAGUCAGAAUAAGAACUUCUCCAAUCCUUCUAUUCAGUCAGAAUAAGAACUUCUCCAAUCCUUCUAUUCAGUCAGAAUAAGAACUUCUCCAAUCCUUCUAUUCAGUCAGAAUAAGAACUUCUCCAAUCCUUCUAUUCAGUCAGAAUAAGAACUUCUCCAAUCCUUCAUGUCUAUAUAGGAGGUGCAGGGAAGCCCAUAGCAUCUGUAUACUGGAUCUGUGUUGUUGUCUUUAUAGCACAGCCAUGUUCCACUGUCAUCGUGUGACUUUUAUAUGUUUUGUAUAUAAAGACCAAACAUCCUGGUGCUUUGAAACCCUAGCCUGGUUCAGCCAUACUGAAUGCUCCACUGACUUGGUGAAACAGAGCAUAGCAGUCAGGAUUCCAGGCUAUUGAACAGCCACGUUGUUGCCAAGGAUACACAGGGAUACGUGGAGCUGUGAACAAUAAAACAGUGGUUUUAAAAGUCUCUCGCUUUAAAAAAAAAACAACUCUUAUUUGUAAUGAUUUUAUUUAAUUUUCUACAAUUUCCUUUCUCACUUUUUGUAGACUUCGGCGUUUGUACUUUUAGUCGGUCGGUCUUUGGAAAGGUUGUGUGCAUUCGUUAAGUGGUCAUGUAAAAAAGGUCAAAUGAAGUGGUCAAUUUUUAGUCUUUUUCUACUGUUUCUGUGUCCAAUGGAAAUAGGAUCUGUGUCCCGAAAGCUAAUGUAAGCAUGUCCUGAAUAAAGGUUGAGGGGGAAAAGUG